AUGCCUGGCAUUCCUGUCCCCUUUAGCGAUAUCGCUAAGCCCGCCAACGAUCUCCUCAACAAGGACUUCUACCACACCACCGCUGCCAAUCUCGAGGUCAAGUCCAAGGCACCGAACGGCGUUGUUUUCAACGUCAAGGGCAAAUCCGCGCACGAUGGACCCAUCUCUGGCUCGAUUGAAGGGAAAUACACCGACAAGGCAACCGGCCUGACCCUGACUCAAACCUGGACUACCUCCAACAGCCUUGACACCAAACUUGAGCUGGAAGACAACAUCACCAAAGGUCUCAAAGCCGAGGUCCUGACAAACUACCUCCCCGCGAAAUCCACCUACGGCGGCAAGCUCAACCUUUUCUACAAGCAGCCCAACAUCCACACCCGUCUGUUCACUGAUGUGUUCAAGGGUCCUACCGCCUCGUUCGAUGUCACCUUGGGCCACGAAGGGUUCUUGAUUGGUGCUGAGGGAGGGUAUGACGUGGGCAAGGCUGCUAUCACGAAAUAUGCCCUUGCUGCAGGAUACUCUCAGGGCUCUUAUGCUGCUGCGGUGACGGCGACCAACAACCUGACCGUCUUCAGCGCAAGCUACUAUCACAAAGUGAACACCGAGGUCGAGGCAGGUGCUAAGGCUACGUGGGACAGCACGCAAGGAAGCAAUGUCGGCUUGGAGGUUGCCACCAAGUACAAGCUCGAUCCCAGCUCUUUUGCAAAGGCCAAAAUCAACGACCGCGGUAUCGCCGCUCUGGCGUACAACGUCAAGCUGGGUACCGGCGUAACUCUCGGACUGGGCGCUUCCCUGGACACCCAGAACCUCAACCAGGCAGCGCAUAAGGUCGGAGCAAGCUUCACUUUCGAGGGAUAA